CUGCCAACUAUGGAAUAACAACUCAUUAACUUAAACUUCCAAUCCUUUUUGUCACUAUAUAAGUACCAACAGUUUUCUACUUCUUGGCAUCCAAGAACACACUGCACUCAAGUCAAUCUACAAGGCAUUACCAAUCUUUUCUUUUCUUUUCUUUCUUUUUCUUUUGUUAGGAAAAAGAAAAUGGCAAUGCAAUUCUUGGGGCCACUCUCUCUAUUUCUUUGUUUUCUUGGUUUUCUUUCUUUCCCAGCUGAAGCUGCAGUCAAGAAGUAUCAGUUUGAUGUGGGUAUUUCUACUUUUUCUUGGGGGAUUUCUCUUUUUUUGCAGAUUCAAGUGAAGAAUGUAAGCAGGUUGUGCAAUGCCAAACCAAUUGUGACUGUAAAUGGGAUGUUCCCUGGACCUACCAUUUAUGCGAGAGAAGGAGAUCAAGUUUUUGUCAACGUCACCAACCAUGCGCACUACAACAUGUCCAUCCAUUGGCAUGGAUUGAAGCAAUUUCGAAAUGGUUGGGCAGAUGGGCCAGCAUAUAUAACACAGUGCCCAAUCAGGACAGGAAAUAGCUAUACUUAUGCAUUUAACGUUACAGGCCAGAGAGGGACACUUUGGUGGCAUGCACAUAUUUUAUGGCUGAGGGCUACAGUUUAUGGUGCUAUCAUUAUCAUGCCUAAACAAGGGACUGCUUUUCCAUUUCCUCAGCCUUAUCAGGAAACUAAUAUUAUCUUAGGAGAAUGGUGGAAUUCAGAUGUUGAAACUAUUGUUAACCAAGCUAAUAAGUUGGGGUUGCCCCCACCUACCUCUGAUGCCCAUACUAUCAAUGGCAAGCCUGGGCCACUCUUCCCUUGUGCUGAGAAACAUACUUUUGCUAUGGAGGUUGAGUCAGGAAAAACCUAUCUGCUAAGGAUUAUAAAUGCUGCACUCAAUGAUGAGCUCUUCUUUGCCAUUGCGGGUCAUAAUAUGACAGUGGUGGAGAUUGAUGCAGUCUACACAAAGCCUUUCAUAACUAAUGCUAUCCUGAUAGCACCAGGACAAACCACAAAUGUUCUUGUUAAAGCUGACCAAAUUCCAAGCAGAUAUUUCAUGGCUGGCAGGCCUUUCAUGGAUGCACCAGUUCCAGUAGAUAAUAAAACUGUCGCAGCUAUUCUGCAAUAUAAAGGCAUUCCAAACACAGUUCUUCCAAUUCUCCCAACAAUGCCCGCCCCUAAUGAUACAAAAUUUGCAUUAGGCUCUAAAAAGAAACUUAGAAGCUUGAACACUCCACAAUUUCCAGCACUAGUCCCUCUUCAAGUGGAUCGCCAUCUGUUUUAUACGGUUGGUUUAGGACAAAAUCCAUGUCCCACCUGCCAAAAUGGUACACGACUCACAGCAUCAUUGAAUAAUAUCACCUUUGUGAUGCCAAAGAUUGGGCUCUUGCAGGCUCAUUACUUUAAUAUUUCAGGAGUUUUCAGAACUGACUUCCCUGACAGGCCUCCUGUUCCAUUCAAUUAUACUGGUGCACCUCUUACUGCUAACAUUGCCACUUCUUCAGGAACAAGGCUAAGUAAGGUUGCUUUCAACUCCGCCAUUGAAUUGGUAUUGCAGGACACCAACCUGCUCACUGUCGAGUCGCAUCCAUUUCAUCUGCAUGGCUUCAAUUUCUUUGUUGUUGGAAGCGGGAUUGGUAACUUUGAUCCAGCAAAAGAUCCCGCUAAGUUUAAUCUUGUUGAUCCUCCUGAGAGAAAUACAGUUGGAGUUCCAACUGGUGGCUGGACUGCUAUCAGGUUCAGAGCUGAUAAUCCAGGUGUUUGGUUCAUGCACUGCCACCUGGAACUCCAUACUAUGUGGGGGUUAAAGAUGGCCUUCGUUGUUGAGAAUGGAAAGUUGCCGGAACAAUCUGUUCUUCCACCUCCGAAAGACCUUCCUUCCUGCUAGAUGUUGCAAAACUACAGCUUAAUUAAUUUCUUGACAGAGCUUAUUUUCCACCCUGCCGCCACUUUACCCUUUUCUUUAUGUUGUAAUGAGAUACAUUCUCCAACUGAAGCUCAUUCUUUGAGGAACCAACUUCUCUCAAUUUUAAUGUUUUGAGAUUGUUCUUAAGGAAUCCAAGAGACCUCAAAAUGUAAUAAAAUUCCAUCAAGCAAUGCCGUUAGAAAAAAAUUGAAAUAAUAAGAC